CGCGUUCAAUCCCGCAAAUAAGUGGACGGAAUCCAUUCUCCCGCGUGUUACAUAUCCAUCAAGUGGAAAUGGUUGACAAGUGCACGGUGCUCCUCUUGGCUGUGGCGUUUAUGGGUUCGCUGACAGCUGCACAGUCCUGUCACCUGCGCGAGCUGGAUUUGUGUUCGGCCACACUUUUACUUUUCAACCAGAACCCGAGCGGAGUUGCGACGACUGACAAUGAACUUGACAAGCAGUGUGGAUUCCUCGGAGAAGCUCAACAGUGCUUCAAGAACUUCACUAACAGGUGCGCGACGCCUCUCCAAAGAGAACUAAUGUCGUUCGCUACCGAAGGGUCUAACGAGCUCCUGAAAGAGUUCUGCGAGCGAGGAAGCAAGAUUCGCGUGGAUUAUCUCAAACAUGCUCCCUGUCUCGGACAAACUCAACCCGACCAGAAGAAAUGCUUGAACGACGUUCAGGUGGGUCUAGAGCGUAUCACGGCUGCGAAAUACACUCAACGGAUUCCAACCGCUUGCUGUGUGUACGCUCGGCACAACCUAUGCACAACGGCAGCUGUGGAGAAGAAAUGCGGUCGUGAAGCAGUCGAAUUCGGCCAGCUGCUGAUGAAGAUGGCCGCAUCGAACCUUCCCGACACCAUCUGCAUGAGCUACAAGGAAAAUCCAAUUUGCGACGAGCUUCUGCCCCCGAAGGGCACCAAGUCGACAGGAAAAUCUAAUUCAGUUCUGUCGCGUCUGUUCUCGGCAUACCUCGGAAAUUAGUUCAUGAAAUUGAAAUUUAUACCAUGAUUGUAUUCUGUGUUUUAUCGUUAUCGAUCGAUUGAUACUAUAUUCUAUCGAUCGACUGAUCAAGGCGCAUCUACGACAUCUAUUUGGCUGGAUGUACAACCAGUUAGCUAGAGCUGAGCUAGCACACUUUUUCGGCAGCACAAGACGUUGUUCGGAUGCGAUUGAUGACGAUGAUCGAGAUGGUGAUAGUGGGGGUGUUUUUAUUGAAACUAAUGAAUGAAUAAAUUAUUAUCGAUACGGUUGUAAUUAUCGAAAUGUGGGAAGCCUCAAUAAACUGAAUGGCUUCGGAUGUAGGUGAUAACAAGAGAAGCAAAAAUAUCA